AUGGCUAAAGUGCAUACGGUCAACUGUGCUCAAGUUGCAGAAAUAUUUGAGAAAAACCAGCAGCGGUGGCAAAAUUCGAUACGGCACUCGCUCAGCUUCAACGACUGCUUCGUGAAGGUGCCGCGGACCCCGGACAAGCCGGGCAAGGGCUCCUUCUGGACCCUGCAUCCCGAGAGCGGCAACAUGUUCGAGAACGGCUGCUACCUCCGCCGGCAGAAGCGCUUCAAGGACGAGAAGAAGGAGAUCAACCGGCAGAGCAUCAAGCACCAGCAGACGACCCACCAGUCCCACCAAACCCAGCAGCAGCACCACCACCAUCAAGGACACGUGAGUCCCGACCAGCACAAAAAGUCCCAAUCCGCGCCCCAUCAGCACCACGUCGGUGGCGUGCACUCGCCCGCCGACAAGAACCUCCACUCGCACCUCGUCUCGGCGCAGCACCACCAGCACCAACAGCAACAACAGCACCAGCAGCAACAACAACACCAUCACCAACAGCAACACCACCACCAACAGCCUGGGCAGCAGCAGCAGCAGCAGCAGCAGCAACAGCAACACUCGCAGCACCAGCAGCACACGGACAUAGGUGGCCUACUGCCCGAGCUUGCCACGCACGACGAGCUCGCCGCCAUGGUCAACCGGGGCCUCCACCCCCACCUACUCGCCGACCCGACGGCCCUCCACGGGCUCAAGCAGGAGCCGAGCUCUUACGCCCCGGCCAACAACCCCUUCAGCAUAACGAGGCUCCUGCCCGGGGUUGCCUCGACCGCCGCCGCGGCAGCCUCCCCCGGGGCCCAAGUGCCGCCCGACAGCAAGCCCCCCGAGCUCAAGCAGAUGUACGAGCUGCACCACCAGGGCUACGUGAACGCGGCCGCGGCCGCAGCCGCCGCCAGUUACCAGCAGCACGCCAACGGCAUGCACCACCAGAUGUCGAGCACCGGGGGCGGUGGUGGUGGUGGUAUCGGUCAGCCCUCGGACUAUUACCAGAGCCCGCUGUACCACCCGGUGGCGGGUUCGGGUCCAGUAGGCCCUGGCUCCUCCGGGGGCCCCGGCUUGUGA